AUGCUCAAGAAGCCCAAGCUACGGUCGUCCAGCGACGACGCUGUGUGCAACCUCUCACAUCGCGAUCUGACGACCGAGGCGUGCGAGCGCGCACUCGGAGGGUUUCGCGCUGCGCGGCGCCUCGACCUGUCCCACAACCAGCUGAGCUCGCUGCCCCACAAAACGCUCGAAAGCCACCUUGUGGAGCUCCACGUCGGCUUCAACUGCCUCCGCAACAUCGAGGCGGUCGCUGGGCUGGCGCAUUUGCAGGUCCUCGACUUGAGCUACAACAAGCUGGACCAAGUCGACGUCUUGGUCUACUGCUCGGCGCUCCAGACACUCAAACUCCAAGGCAACCGGCUGACCAACUCGCGAGGCAUUGACGGGCUCAAGCAGCUCCACGACCUCGACCUCUCGGACAACAUCAUCGAAGCACCAGAUGCGAUCCGCGGACUCUCGCUCAACGUGGCACUGCGCACGCUCGCGCUGGAGGGCAACCCGGUCGCGACGCUGCGAGACUACCGCGUCUUCGUACUCGAUUUGAUCCCGAUCCCCACCGACGACGACGACGACGAGAAGCAGCGCGAGAGUACCAAACCGCGAGCGUAUGUCGCGGCGCGGAUUCCGCCCCAGCCGCAGACGUACGCCGCCCUCAAGUCGGCGCAUGCGAGCAAGCUCAAAGCGACGCGCCAGAAGCCCGCGACGACGAGCGAGAGCAGCACGUAUGUCAGCCUCUUUGACCGUCUCGCGGUCGCCAACGGCGUGCCGGACCGGGAAGCGCGUCGACCACCGAGUUCGCCGAAAGCCAAGCGGACGGUGAAAACAUUGGUGCGGACCAAGCGCAAGAAUGUGAUCUCGCCCGCCAAGGACAAGCUACACACACCGAGCGCGGCGCCUCUCGUGCUGCGGCAGCUCCAUUUUGAGCCGACGCCACGUCGUGCCGAGCCGAGUGCCGAGACGCUCAACCCGUCGCAGAUGCGGGUGCUCGAUGUCAUCCAAGGACUGAUCGCGCACAAACGACAGACGAUCGCUGCGCUCGAAAGUUCACUGAGCUGAUGAUCGAAGCGCUGAUAGCUACGGCAGCGCAUCUGCUCGUGUAGAUACCACUUGGAUAUACUCUCGUGCCAGUUAUAU